AUGUCAACAAUUCCAAAAUUUAUUCUAAACAAUGGAAUAGAAAUUCCUUCUCUAGGAUUUGGAACUUUUCGCAUACAAAACUCAGAAACAAUUGAGUUAGCCAUUAAAAGUGCAAUAUCAACUGGAUAUAGACUUAUCGAUUCUGCAAUUGGAUACAAAAAUGAAGCCGUGAUAGGAAAGACCAUUAAUGAAUUGAUUCAAGACUCUUUCUUGGGUCUCAAAAGAGAGGAUUUUUUCAUCACAAGCAAACUUCCACCAAGUCUUCAGGGUUAUGAUAAUUGUCGCAGAGAAUUUUUGAAUUCUCUCGCACGAUUUAAUAUGGAUUAUUUGGAUUUAUUCUUAAUCCAUUGGCCAGGAACUCAAAAACUUCAACCCUCAGAUCCAAGAAAUGCGGAAAAUCGUAAAGGUAGUUGGAAAGCACUUGAAGAAUUAUAUAAAGAAGGAAAAAUUAGAGCCAUAGGAGUUAGUAAUUACACAGAGAAACAUAUUCUUGAAUUAUUAUCUUAUUGUACAGUAAUUCCUACAGUAUUACAAUUUGAAUUACAUCCUUUACUAUAUCAAAAGGAUUUAAUUAAUUUAUGUAAACAAAAGAAUAUUCAAGUACAAGCCUAUUCAAGUUUGGGAGGAGGAGAAUUGGUUAAUGGAAAAAUGGAAAUUCCUAUAAUUGAUCAAAUUGCUCAAAAUCAUAAAGUUAUUCCUUCACAGGUAUUGUUAAGGUGGGGUCAUCAACGUGAAGCAAUUGUGAUACCAAAAUCUAUUAGACCAGAAAAAAUUAAAGAAAAUAUAGAUAUAUUUCAAUUUGAAUUAACUGAAGAGGAAAUGAAAUCAUUGGAUUCUCUCAGUGAUUUAUAUCCUCCAAAAAGAUUUUGUUGGGAUCCCACUAAUAUAGUUUAA